AUGGAUCACUGUACCCCAUCUCUGGGUCCCCUUCCUCCACUGUUUCCCUCUCCAGCAUCCAUACCACACAUGGCCUGCUACAACGGACUCUUGAAAACAGGUAUGGACUUGUUAAAACUCCAAAGGAUCAAGUUAAAACUUCAGGUUCAAGGCCCCGUCUCAGGAAUCUCUAAUUUAUCUUUGCAUCCUCAGCUCCCAAUAUUUACUCUGCCAACCACAUUAAACUUGGAAUGUUCCCCAGCCAUGUCCUGUUUAUCCCCACCUCUGUACCUCUGCCCAGACUGCCUUCUCCCUCUCCACUGCUCCUUACCUGCUGGGAAAACCCCCAAACCCAUGUGGUAG